AUGUCCACUAUUCCGAAGCACUUUGGACUGAAACACAAAGAAGAAUCGUACGUGUUUAAAGAGCUUGAGAAGGUUCGCCAGGAGACUAGAAAGGAUUUUCUCCGAUUCAAGCAGAAGUUGGCCUCCACGCCGGCUGUAGAUGAAGGCCCAGUCCAUGGCCUCCAGGCCCCCCGCCUUGGGGGGAAGGAGUGCGUUUUCUCCUCUGGACCCCGAACGUCCAAAAGGUCCCCUCCGACUAAAGGCCCAGCGACCCUCCCUGCGGCCCUCGGGCAGGAGGCGCCCCCAGGCCUGGGAGAGGCGGUGGCUCCCGGGAAGACCCGGCCGUUUUGCCCCCAGGACUUUUACUUGCGGAGCUCUGCGUUCCUACGGCUGCGUCCCCAGAAGAGGCCACCGGUCAUCGCCUCGGGGGUCGGCACGUCCAAACCUGUCGUCCUGCUGCCGCCGCCCGUGCCGCCGGCGAAGCCCAGAGCGCGCCGGGAGAGCCCGAGCCCCGCAGCCGCCGGGCGGGUCCUCGGCCCGGGCCGCAGGCGCCAAGCGAGCGGAGACGCAGACCCGCGCGCAGACGCCCGCAAGGCCAAGGAGAGGAAGGCCGGCUCCAUCAGCGAGGACAGCGACGCGGAGGCGGCCAGCCGGCGGAGGAGGCUGAGGAUCCGCACCCACUUCGUACGCCAGAGCUCGACCGUCGACGCGCGAAAACCGUCUGGCUCCGUCUCCAAAGCAGAGCGGGAGAGCGGCCCUCCGGGCGACACGCGACAGGCCGCACAACUGCCGGCCCUGCUGCCCGCCCGAGCCACCCCCAGGUCCAUCGAGGACAUCAUCACUUCGCAGCAGUCCGAGGCCCAGCUGGCCUCCGACCAGACCUUCAGAGAGCUCAUAGAGAGCGUCCUCGGCCAGAACUACGACAUCAGCAUGCAAGAUAUUCCUUUAAUUGGAAAAAUGUACCUCAAAACACCUCAGAUGCAAGCAGAAACAUCUCAGACUCAAGCAGAGCAAGGAUUACAGAUAAAUGUUGAGGAACCUCAAAUGAGUAUGCUUCCUGAAGCUGCGUCGAGUGUUUUCCAGAUUGAACAGGAGGAUGUAAUAGAACGGGAAGUCUCAGAUGCAGACAGCGUUGCGUUUAAAUCUCAGGAAAUUUCACAAGUUCAGCCCACACAGGAAUCAAGAUGGGCAUCUUUGAAAGGUGGACAGCCUGCAACCGAUCCAGCUAAGCAGUCAUCUUUAAAGGUGAAAUCAUCAAAAUUCUUGCAAAUCAAAGGAGAAGAAGUUAAACGAAUACAAAAAAGUAAACUAGGAGUUCCGCCACAGAGACCAACAAAGUCUUUAAAACUCCCUCGGGAUCAAAAACUACCUAAAAAAAUUCCAGAAGGCUGCUCCACCACUCUUCACCUUCAUCAUCUGUGCACCACCAUCCCAGCCCAGGAGCUGCCUGUUGACCUGCACCUGGCUUCUCGAGUGUAUCACACUGCCGACAAGCAAGGCCACGAUACCCUGCUUGGAACAGUUGGAACAUCUUUCUUAGAUGGUUGCUUUACAAAUGAAGAACAAAGAGAUAGAUUACUGUAUGGAAUUCCUGUUAUGGGAAACAACCAAGAAUAUGCUGAGGUUCCUCCAGCACCCUCAGGGAUACCACCUGAAUUGGCACAAAGAACUAAACAGCGUGUUCACAAACCACACCUGCAACUCCUGGGAGAGGAGAUGUCUGCUUAUCCAGGAUUUACAAAGUUGUUUUGGAAUCCAGCUGCACCCAAAUUCUCUGUUCCAGAAUCUGUCAUGAGGGAAACUGUAUAUCCAAAGUAUGAGAGUGUUCAGACAAGCAGGAUUUUAAUUGAGAAAGUUUUAACUGGAAGCAGAGAAUGUUUGAUUACUUUAGAUCAUUAUGGCACAAGCAGUUUUAGGUCUUUCUUACUAAGAAAAUCUGCAUCAUCUGAAAAUAUCCCAAAAUGGACACAAUCUCCACAAUUAAAGAGAGUAAACUCUGCAGUUGACUUGAGGAAGAAGGAGACCAUAGCUCCCCUAGAAAUCAAGGAUGACAUACAAAGCAAUAUAAAAGAGAUAUUGUUCCAGAAAACAAAGGAACUGGAACGUCAGCUCACUAAGCAAAAUAAAACUGAGAAACCCAUCUCUGUGCAAGAAAAUAUAGAUGCCAUCUUGGAUGACAUUCAUGAAAAACACGGUUUGAGAGAUCUGCCUCUCUCUCUCAUCGAAGCAUCUAGAAAAGCCGGCAUUAGUUACAUUGUUUAUCCUAGGAAAAAGAAGAUAAAAUGGAAAAAAGGAUCGAAACUCCAGAAAUUUACAGUCUUGUGCGAAGAGUUAUCUAAGCCUCCAAAAAUUCUUAAAAGAUCAAUGUCUCAUGGAAUACUUCCUGGACAGAAGAAAUACUUGCUCAAAGUUCCAGUAUAUGAACGUCAAAUACAGUGUCCCAGCUUACCUUUGUGUUUAAAUUUUGAUAAAUUUGCCCAACGUAAGGGGGGAAUUCCAGAAAACGGAGAUAAACGAGCAUGGGCCCUUGAUAUGUUCAUGAAGCAUAAGCUUCAGAAUACACCCCCAAAGGAGAAAGCUGUUAAAAUACGUGUUCUUAAAGACCUGUCUGAAGGAGUAAAAGAACCACCAAAACUAGAAUUAAAUGAUUCUGUGGAGUGUAGUCUUCCACCAGAGCUCAUUAAACAUUAUGAAUCUGAAGUGGAGAUCUUGACUGAAGAAAUAAGUGAGAAGAAAUCUCCUGCAUUUGCAUAUUGUAGGCGUGGAGCUAUUUAUAGGAAGCUGGGAAAGUUACAGAGCGCCAUGAAUGAUCUACAGGAGGCUAUCCUCUUGGAGCCAAUGCUUCUCAAUGCCUAUUGGCACCGGCAUUUCAUUUAUCUUUUCCUAGACAAAAUUAAUGAAGCUUUGGAUGACUUGAAUUAUAUAAAUAAACAUGAUAAAAAUAAUGCAGAGGCAUAUUUGUCAAAGGCCGAAAUUUACAGGGGAAGAAAAGACAUUACUUUGGCAAUUCUAAACUACUCACAGGCAAUUAAGUGCAAGCCCACAGAUGCUGAUAUCUAUUUCAGGAGGGGUGAGAUGUAUGAAAUAGAAAACAAAGUACUGGCCAUUGAUGAUUUUUCUAAAUGUAUUUUUUAUGAUCCCAGAAGAACAGAUGCUUUAUUAAAACGUGGGAUGUUUUACUAUGAAAAUGAAAACUGGAUUGCAGCCAUAAAGGAUUUUACAGCCUUGUUAAAUAUAGAUCACCAAAAUUCUCAAGCAAGGACAUACCGAGGGAGAGCAUAUUUUAAACGAUGCUUGUAUAAACAAGCAACCCAAGAUUUUUCUGCUGCAGUUCACUUAGAUCCUAAUAACUGGUUAGCAUGGUAUUAUCGAGCUUGCUUAUUUAGAAAGAGUAACCCUAUUAGAGCGCUACAGGAUUAUAGUGUUUCAGCUCUAAUAAAUGAUGGCUAUGAGAAUCUUUAUUGUAUUCUACAUCGGGGCAUACUCUAUGCACAUCUAAAGUUUUGGUUGCUGGCAAUUUGUGACUUUGAAACUGUUAUUUCCUUAGAAAGAACUGUUAUUUUGGCUUAUAUAAACAUUGGCCUCAUACAUUUGCUGCAACUGGAUAAUUACACUGAAGCCAUUUGGCAUUUUUCCGAGGCUAUUAGAAUUGAUCCUUUAUAUAUUCAAAGCUAUAUUUGUCGAGCAGAAACCUAUAAUAAGUUGCAUAAAUUGAAGAAGGCUGUAAAAGAGUUAUCUCGUGCUAUUCACCUUCAGCCAGACGGAACCCAACUAUAUAUAAUAAGAGGACAAUAUCUUCUUAUGCUGAAAUGUUAUGAUCUAGCAAAGUUCACUAUUUAUCAAGUAGCAGAAAUGAACAAAGGUCUCAUUAAAUUGAGUCCUUUACAGCAAGCACUCAUUUAUUCAUUUUGCGAAAACCAUGACAAGGCCAUUCAGGUCUUGGAAGGGAUCUCUUGGAGUAGAUCCGAGAUAACAAUGUAUGCUGUAUUAGCAAAAGCCCAAAUGAAGGCCAAGAGAACCAAGGAAGCUGUGAGAAUGUUGAAGAAGGCAUUGGAUGUCUUUUCUCAUUCCGAUAAAGAACCAAAUGCCACAGAUGCUUCAGCUGACUGUCUGUAUAACUUGGGUCUUUGUUACAUGGAGGAAGGCAACUUACAAAUGGCUUUUGAUUCUUUUACAAAAGCAGUGAAAGCAAAUCCUAAUUUUGCUGAUGGCUUUUAUCAACGAGGGCUUUGUAAAGUAAAACUCAACAAAGAUAACUCGAUCCUGGAUUUUAAUCAUGCAAUUAAUCUUGAUCCAAAACAUUACCAGGCAUAUUUAAGCCGAGUAGCCUACUAUGGUUUAAAAGGUAGAUAUUCCAAAGCAAUCUUGAAUUGUAAUGAGGCCAUCAAAAUUUAUCCUGAGGGUGUGCGUGCCUAUCUCUACAGAGGAGUUCUGAAAUAUUGCAGCAAGAUUUAUAAGCUAGCAAUUAGAGAUUUAACUACAGCUAUCAACAUGGACAGAAAGACUUAUAUAGCAUUUUAUAACAGAGCAUUAUGUUACACCAAGAUAGGGGAACUUCAAAUGGCAUUAACAGAUUAUGGAAUUGUGCUUCUUCAUGAUGCUGGAGAAACUGUAACAUUAAAUACCUUUAUUAAUCGUGGACUCAUCUACGUAGAACUAGAGCAGUACGGCUUUGCAUUAGAGGAUUUUAAAGAAGCUGCCCUGAUAAGCCAGACUAACUUGAGCCUUUGUCAAGCAACUGCCAUGUGUCACCACAGAAUUAAAGAGUUUGAAGAAGCUGUCAACUUCUUUACCUGGACUCUUAAAAUUAACCCAUGUUUUCUGGAUGCUUAUGUUGGACGGGGAAAUUCUUACAUGGAAUAUGGUCACGAUGAAGCCACCAAGCAAGCACAGAAGGACUUUGCUAAAGCGCUGCAUUUUAAUCCAAUGUGUACAAAAGCCAGAAUCAGUUUAGGCUAUAAUUUGCAGGCCCAAGGAAAAUUCCAAAAAGCUUGGAACCACUUUACCAUUGCCAUAGACAUUGAUCCGAAGAGCUACCUGGCCUAUGAAGGAAGAGCUGUGAUCUGUCUACAGAUGGGUAAUAAUUUUGCUGCAAUGCAGGAUAUCAAUGCUGCCCUAAAGAUCAAUACUACAGCAGAGUUCUUAACAAAUCGUGGUGUGAUUCAUGAGUUUAUGGGUCAACAACAGAAUGCAAUGAAAGACUAUCAAGCAGCGAUUUCUCUAAAGCCCAACUACUCGCUGGCUUAUUUUAAUGCAGGAAAUAUCUAUUUUCACCACAGGCAGUUUUCCCAGGCCAGUGACUACUUCUCAAAGGCUUUAAAGUUUGAUCCAGAAAAUGAAUAUGCUGUCAUGAAUCGAGCUCUUGCAAAUACAAUAUUAAAGAAAUAUGAAGAAGCAAAAGAAGACUUUGCAUGUGUAAUUGAAAGCUGUCCCUUUUGGGCUGCAGUAUAUUUUAACAGAGCAUAUUUCUACUGCUGUUUAAAGCAAUACGAACUAGCUGAGGAAGACCUUAGUAAAGCCUUGUCUUUGAAGCCUAAUGAUGCUCUAGUACAUAAUCUUAGAGCAAAAGUUCGUGGUAAAAUAGGACUGAUUGAGGAAGCCAUGGCGGACUAUAACCAAGCACUUGAUCUUGAAGAAUAUACCUCAGUUACAUGA